AUGAGAUUGCCUUGGAUUCCCUACUCAUUCUUCAUAUUGGCUCUGUCCUAUUCUUUCUCCUUGUCCUGGAAACAAAUCUCCACUUCAAAUCACAACAAUCUCAGAGAUGAAAGUAGAUCUAAUAAUAAUAAUAAUAAUAAUAAUAAUAAUAAUAAUAAUAAUAAUAAUAGCACUGACGACGACAAUCACACAAAGAAUUUUUCUCCUUUUGAUAAUCACAACUUGAUCGACAAAAUUAUUCAAAGACAUGAAUCGCUUAUACUAAACUCAAAAUACUUUGAAUACUCUUCCAUCAAGGACUUGGACAUUUUAAAACAAAACUACGAUUACGAUUCAGAAUGCACUUUUAAAUACUUGGAUCCAAUCAUCCAAAAGUGCACCUAUGACUAUGAUCAAUUGACUGGCCAAAUCAAAUCUUAUGCUGCCUUAUCAUUGGCUAUUUGUCAAUUAAAAGCUAAUGAAAUUGACUAUCCCUAUCAAUGCAAAAAAUUAUACGACUACGAUUAUUCACACGAUAAUAACAAUAACAAUAACUAUGAUAGUCAAGACCACAAUCUUCAAAAAUUCGAAGAAGACCUAAUUAAAUACGAAUCUAAACAAUAUACUUCAGACCAUAACAAUUGUAUUCAAGAAAUUUUUAAAUCACCCCAAUAUUGGACCACUUACGAUGCUUGUUUUAAAUUAGUCAACUAUGGCUGUUCUCAACAAUCUUUACCAUACGAGAAAAACCAAAUACUACAGUUACACUUAAAUUUAACAACGUUUUACAAUAAAUUCAACAAAGAACUAAAUGAAAAUUUUAUAAAAUAUGAAAAAUUUAAAGACAACUCAAUUCAUAUAAUCAAACAAUUCCAAGACAAUUUUAAAAAUUACAUGAAUAUAUCAGAUAGCUUCAAUAACAAAAUACUAUCAGAUUUUAACCAGAAUUUAAACAACUCUCUAAUCACUAAUUUAAAUCUAAAUAAUCAAAUCGAAGAUAACUUGAUUUUGUUCAAAUCCCAAAUUAACCAAAUCUUAUUCAAUGAAAUUUUGCCAGACAUCUUUGAUAAUUUAAACGAAAUUUCAAAUGAACUAAAUAAUCUAGAAUAUAUCCAUAAAAUUAAUGAAAUUAAAUCAGUUCAUUUUAACGACGUAAAUAAUAUCAUCAAUAAUUCAAUAUCAAAUUUCAAUUUAAUUAAUGAAAAUUCAAAAACAUUUUCAAACCAAUUCAACAACUUUGUCAAUGACUUCAACUCAACCAUAAUUAAACUAAAUAAUGAUACAAUCGACCAAACUCGUCUAAUUAAUAAAAUUAUGCUAAAUACUAUUGAAAAUAUAGAAGCUCAAAAGACCAAUUUUGAGAAUUCAACUUUAAGUUUUUUCAACAAAUUCUCCUCAACUUUAAACGAAUUUGAUAAAAUUUUCGAAAAACUAAACAGUGAUGGUAAUAAUAUCAAUUACUCAUUUUUGAUGAAUUUUAUUCAAAUCUUGAAAAAAGGUAUUGUUAUAGCAGAUGAUGAUGAUAGUGAUAAUAAUAGUAAAGCAAUCAUGAGAUUAUGUCAUUAG